AUGUUCUUCCUCCACAACCUCGAGCGGCGCGUGACGCUGCACCCGUCCUACUUUGGCCGCAACAUGCACGAGCUGGUGACGACCAAGCUGCUCAAGGACGUCGAGGGCACAUGCGCCGGCAACUACUACAUAAUAUCCAUCAUGGACACGUUUGACAUUUCGGCGGGCAAGAUUCUGCCGGGCAACGGCCUGGCCGAGUUCACCGUCGGCUACCGCGCCGUGGUGUGGCGGCCCUUCAAGGGCGAGACGGUCGAUGCCGUCGUCUACUCGGUCAACCCGCACGGUUUCUUUGCACAAGCAGGGCCGCUACGUCUGUUUGUGUCGUCUCAUAUGAUCCCUAGCCAGAUCAAGUACGACCCAAACGCGACGCCACCCCAGUUCACCGACAACGAGGACUACCGGAUCGAGCCCGGGACGCACAUCCGGGUCAAGAUUAUGGGCACGCGCAGCGAGGUCGGCGAGAUGUGGGCGAUUGGCACGAUAAACGAGGACUACCUUGGCCCGCUGGGACCAUGA